AUGAUGAAUACGAAGGCUGAUUCAAACUUCAACAGCGUUGAAACAUUUCUCACACAAUGUCAAAAAGUAAACAGUCCAAUCGUUCUCGUUACGUCUGGUGGUACAUUAGUUCCAUUAGAAAAGAAUACUGUUCGUUUUAUUGAUAAUUUUAGUACUGGAAGACGUGGUGCAGCAUCAGUCGAAUAUUUUCUUGAAUUAAACUAUAGUGUUAUUUUUUAUUAUCGUGCAGGUUCAAUUCAACCUUUUGACCGUCAUAUACACAAUGUUUUUGACAUAUUACUAUCUACUAGUCAUAGUGAACAGUUAACGAAAACAAUUGAACAAUAUAAAAGCUAUAAAAAUAAUUUAUUAUCGAUAUCAUUCAAAACUGUGACAGAAUAUUUAGAUGGACUAGAAUUAUUAUGUAAGGUAUUGAAUCCGUACCGUAAAUUAGCAAUGAUUUAUCUAUGUGCGGCUGUAUCCGAUUAUUAUUUACCAUUAGAUGAACUACCUGAACAUAAAAUAUCCAGUGAGCAGAAUGAACUAGUACUACGAUUGAAACCAGUUAAAAAAGUAUUAGGCGAUGUUAAACAACACUGGUCACCCGAUGCUUAUGUUGUAUCAUUUAAAUUAGAAACAAAUAAACAACUUCUACAAGAUAAAUGUAUAAAAUCAUUAAAAAAAUAUGGUCACAAUAUGGUCAUUGGAAAUUUAUUGGAUACGAGAGAGACAAUGGUUGAUAUUUACGAUGAAGAAGGAAAAAAAUGUACAACAAUUAAACGACCGGAUAAUAACUGUGAAAUUGAGCAUCAGAUUAUUCAGUUUUUGUAUAAAAAACAUGAAGAGUAUAGAAAACAAAUUUGA